AGGUAGUUUAGGAAGCGCAGGGGCUACAUCUGCUGGGAGUAAACAAAAACCUUCUCGUAACCUACCGGAACUGUCUUGGGUUCUUCAGGGACUACCACAGCUUUAACUAUGUAUUUUGUCUAUAAAUAAUGAGCCGUGUUAAACUUUUUCAAAGUAAGGUGCAACACUGUUGUUUGUGACUAUCGCUGGACGUUUCCUGAUUCAUCUUAUCAGCGUCGAGGCUCGGACACGUACCUGCCGCUGCUUUUAGAUUAGGUUUCAUUUUGUCGGCUUUGAACUCUGACUAUCAUUAUGAGAUACUUUUCUUCAUAAGGUGCACGCGUGACCAUGUUGUUUCAUCUGUUCAUACUCCUUCAACUCCUGUCUUGUGGAGAUCUGGCCUGUAUGAGGAGCUUGCUGUCGAAGGAAGGAUCACAAGACCAAGAAGUGUUUGUGGAUGAGGGGGACGCAAAUUCGUUCCUGGGUCGCCAUCUGCUGUUCAACCGGUUUGACUUUGAGAUGUUCGUUCCUGGAAAUCUGGAGAGGGAGUGUUUUGAAGAAGUCUGCAAUUACGAAGAAGCGAGGGAGGUCUUUGAGAACGUCCCUGCUACAGACACUUUUUGGAAGGAAUACACUGAAGAUAAGGACAAGCGUGGUCGGGUUGAUGUGACAUCUCUUUUGGUGGGACUGAUCGCUGGUGGAGUGGCCAUUGUUAUCCUUUGUCUGCUGAUCUGGUAUUUCUGUCAUGGCAAAUGCAAGGACGACUUCAGCCGUGCAAGCUCCAUUCGGGGACGGCCGAGGAGGAGUAAUGCUUCUCUAAUAAUGCGACGACUAGAGGAGGUGUCCUUACAACCUGUGCCCCCACCCGCAUCGCCUUCCUGUAUGGAGGAAAUUGAUCCCCCGGGGCUGCCGUCUUAUGAGCAGGCAAUCGCUAAAAGUGGACAGCACGACGCCCCACCUCCCCCCUAUCCUGGCUCACGACCUGGAACUCUACGGCGGUAGUAUCUUCGGGACAACAUAUCCGCACAUCUGUCAAUGUUGGGGAGAGAAUUACCACAUUUACACUACUGCUCUGCUUUUCAUUGUAUACCAAUUUUGGCAUCAUCAUAUGAUUUAAGACAUUGCCUUAUACCUUCUGUUUAUUGCUCUGAUUAAGCUUUCUUUUCUUUCUUUUUAUUUUUCCCCUUGUACAUUUCUAAUCUUUCUGAUCUGUUGGUGUACCUUUUCCCUAGCAGUAUAAUCAUGUCCAUUUUUAGCUCCCCCUUCUUUACCUGCUUGGUGCCAGCAUGUAGUUUUUCACUGGCCUCUAUUAACUAUUUUCACAGUUGUGAUUAUGCUUUGUGACUCCAACCAUGUGCUGAAUAAGCUUAAUAAUACACUGACCCAAUUUGCUGCUUUUUGUAUAAAUGAAAAUGAAGAAUCAAUAAUGUGUUAGACGUGAGAGCUAUAAGUUGCUGCAAUAUUUAAGCCCGUAAGGGGCAGCUUCCAUAGACACAGCAUGUAUAGAAGGUCUGAGAGAGAGAGCGACAUUAGGAUUAUGUUCAUUACACAACAAGUAUUAAUUGCAAGGGAAGAGAGACUGAUCGCUUUAUAUAGUCCUACAGCUUCCUGUCUCCUUCAGAAGGACAGCAAACAGCUUUUAAUGACAUAGUGGUUGAAAGCUGUCUUAUCUUUUAGUUUUUUAAAGUGCAGAUUUUCUUGCUCCUUUAUAAAGUUCUAGUGUGUCAGGAAAUGUUAACUAAUGAGAAUGUUCUUCUAAUAUGUGAUGUCUUUUUUUACCUUCAAUUUCUACAUUGUGGUUAAUUAUUAAAUGGACUAUAAAUGGAUGGAGGUGGAAGUUCUGCAAAUUCAGUUUUACAACCUUUUACAUUUAUAAAACAAUUUGUCCAACAGAGUCUCUCACUUACAGUAACUAUAACUUGAAAGAGCAUUAUACAAGCCUGUUGUAUGAUGGUGUCUCAUUCUCAUUAGAUGAGAACUACAAGAGAUAAGAAGUUAUUAUGUCACUGUUAAUUGCCAGAGUUUUAUCCUGACAGUAUGAGAACUUAUCAAGGGCUUUGUUAAAUCUGAUCUGAAGCAUAACUGCUUGUAAUAAACAUCUUUGAAUUAUGUUUUUAAUAAAAUGGAUAU